AUGAGUAUACCUCCUCCUACUUUAAAUUUAGUGUAAAAAUCUAGAAGUUAAAAUUAAAUUGACUAAAAUGGUAUGAAUUAGGCAAACGUUUAUAACUGCAUUUUCUGUGAGGAAGAAUAUGUUGAGAGUGGAGAGAGUUAGGAGAUAGAUAAGGAAUUCAGUUAGAUAGAAGGUAUUGAUGGAAUAGAUUUAAAAGACUAUAGGCUCUGCCAUGACUGCGUUUAGAAGAAAAUUCAAGAGUUAUAAAAUUCGCUUAGCAACAACGUUUAGGAAAUAGGGAGGCUUCAAGAAUAAGAGCUUUACAUCAAUGAGCUUGUUGGAUAAUCAUAAAGUAAAUUUACCUAGGAAGAUUUCAAACUUCUAGGUGAGAGAGAAUAAGAUUUAAACUUGAAAAUUAAAAUUUCUGAAGUAGAAAAAGAAAAAUUACGCGUCUAAGUAGUAAAAUUGUAAGACGAAUAUUGCAAAGUGUUAAAAGAAGAGAAUAUGCUAGACGAUGAAAUUUUAUAGCUCGAAAAGGAAAUUUUAGACCUCAAUGAGUAAAAAUAAAUGCAAUAAAAAGAACUCCUACAAGUGAAUCAAUAAAUUAAGUCUUUAGAAAACUAAGACUUUUUGAGAGAUUAAUUCAGAAUUGACUGUAAUAAAAUUAUGAUAAAUGGCUUCACUCUAACUCUACCAACAAAAGAUAAUUACACCGAAUUCAACUAAGGAAUGGGACAACUCUGCUUACUCUUUGAAUUUUUGAAGGGUUAAACAGAAUAUGCUUAUUAAAAUAUUAAAUUAUUUGAAUGCAAUGGUGCUGUUUCUAAAGUAAAAAGAUCAUUAGAUAUGAGUCUAGAUUUAUACUGUAAAUUGUCUGACCAAGAUACUCCUCAUAGCAAGGGUAGUAGUUAGCGUUUUCAUAUUCCAUUUGAGGGGCUGAGAGAAUUUUCUGCAGAAUUAAUACUUUUUUUUGAGUUUAUAUUCUCAAAAUACUCAAAAAAUAUGAAAAAAGAAAACUUAGAAAAAAUCAGAAAAGAUGAUUUCGAUAGAAGUAUUGGAGAAUUAUAAAAUAAAAAAUAAAUAAAAGAAAAUUGGGAUUUAUAUUUUUCUUAAAUAUUACAUCAUUUCGAUUGUAUUUUAGAUGCAUGUUAGCAAUUUAUUUGA